AUGAGAGAACUGAACUGGCAUCCGGACGUCCAAGCAGCAAAACUUGGCCACGCAGGGCGAGUGCACCAAGAUGCUAGUGAUGAGUUUGCCUCGAUUCAUGAUGGUUAUGCCUUCCAGAAGUUGAACGAAUGCAUCCUGGGCACUGUUACCGAGAAGGCGGCCGCUUUCAUGAAGAAAAACGCCGAAAUCAAAGCCAAAGACCUUGCGCAAUCUUCCAAAGGGGAUGAUGGGCUGGCGCUUCAGAAACACCGCUGGGUUCCUGUCCACCUGAAAGAUAGGAAACGGCCCAGUAAGACACAAGAUGCUAUACCCUCUCUGUUCCGCAGGACCAAAAUGCGCUGGGCUCGGGGGCUUCUCGUCGUGAAGACAUACUUCCCCAACGACGACCAACCGGGUGGCGCCAUGUCAAAUCCCCUUGACUGCAUACCUCUCAAUGAAGAGAUUGAGGCCCGUGGCCAAACAGAUACCGAGAUAGCCGUCAUCGAUGCGAAUAUGUCUGAAGCCGAUAUCCUCUUGAAGGACGAGUUGCACGAUUUCAAGGAAAAGCAUGAAGGACAAUUCACGAUUGACCAUGUGUUCAGUCAUCCCAGUGAAGACUAG